UAAAAGCCAAGUCUCAACAUUUUGAAGYUCAGCGCGACCCUGGGUCGCACGCAUACUGACACGAUYGAGCUCAAAUGACAGAAAUUCACUGUUGAUUCGCAGUCCUCGUGUACGUAGGAAUCUAGCCCCGUGUAUAUACUUGACAAAAAUGACAGCCAGAGCUUUAAUUGCUUCACUAACAAUUCAUUACCUUGCUUUCUCGAUGGCUUUAGACUACUCAAUCGUGCUAUUGAGCAUCGAAGAGCUAUGGAUGGCACUUGGUGGAAACUUGGCGUUAUAUGGCUUUGUUUUUGGGAUUUACGCUUUUAGCCAAGCUAUAAUCACGCCAAUACUUGGCUAUAUCUCGGAUUUACGUGGCUUAAAAUUCACUUUGAUUCUUUCAAUGGCUGUGAACGCUCUUGGGAAUCUUUUAUAUGGAUUUUCAUUUAUCUUGAACUCAGUGAACAUGAUUUUAGUGGGUAGAUUCGUCUCUGGGUUAGGUGCUGGUGCUGURGCWYUAGGAGUCGUUUACYUAACCAAUGUCACAUCGCGAGAAAUGCGUGGAAAGUCAAUAGCUUGCUUCAAACUCUCUCAAGCUCUUGGGUUCUUUGGUGGACCAGUCAUUGGGUUAGCGUUUACRACUUUAAAGSCKCCUAAAUCCACGUCAAACUCGACAACAAAAACGUUCAAUUUGUACACUCUACCARCAUGGGUUGCCUUGGCCAACGUGGUAGUGCUAGUCGUGCCAGCCGUCAAGUACUGCUUUAAAAAUCCGCUCGCUCCUCACAUGGCUUUAAGAUAUAACCAUAAAGAGGCCAAAGAACUCAUCUUCCACACUKCUGUGUUCAUGCCUUUGUUAUUUAUCGCUUCUUUGUGCUACUGGUUGGUCACGAGCGACAUAUUUACACUAGCGUUUGGACAGUAUCAUUUGGUGAGGUCAAACGAAGACUUAUGGAAAGUUUACGUAUCUGGUGGUUCGACUUUGGUAGUUGCGUGUAUAAUUAUAAGGUUAACAAUUCAUCGUCUAGAGAAGAACACUCCUAUUGUUUUUACAAUUCUUGGGCUUAUAUUUUCUGUAAUUGGCUUUGGUCUUCUCGGCGAUUUUAAUUUGAAGAAAAAUAUAAGCACAGUGUUCUACUACGGAGCCGUGGGGAUGAUCACUUCCGGUGGCGCUCUGUUCUUUACGGGAGCUGGUACGUACUAUUCACGUAAAGUAACGGAUCUAAGUCAUCAAGCACGUAACAGACGCGGAUUAUACCUYGGUUUAUUUACGUUUUCAGAGAGUUUUGGUCGUUUUCUAGGCCCUACAUUGUCAUCAAUUGUCGUYUAUAUCAAGGAAAACACAAGUUUCAAAACAUUACAUAAAUGUGACCUCAUCAAUCUCAUCCCAGACGGCUGUCACGCAAGUAAUAUUAACGUAACACUAAUCGUACUGUGUUGCGUGAUGGUAGUUUUAACCGUAUGCUUUUUGUGGUAUCACCGACGAUAUGGAAAAUGYCAAGUUGAUGUUUCGCUAUUGAGUCUGGAGGAGCUGCCCAUGCCUCAGCCUGGGGAGGAGUUCCAUGGCAGAGAGAUUAGCAUGAGCAGACAAGGUAAGCUGGAGCUUAACCUCGACAUGGAUCGAUCUCGAUCAAGUACUGGCGAUUUAUCRAUAGCAUCGACAAAAAGUGAACACAGUAACUCUAUCAAUAAUAACAUUUUAUAGUAUACGGCCCGUCUACAGUCUGUUACAGUUGCGCCUUUAAAUUUAGAGUAAGGGAAUAAGAAAAAUUUAAAAACAAAACGAUUAAGCCGUUCAAUGUCGUGUAAAAUAUAACUACCUAUCACACUAAAUUACUACGGGUUAAUAGCCUGUGAUCCAAUUAAAUAGGCGAUAUCUCAAGGGCUUUCAAAAUAUCUGAGGYGUGCUCAUAAUUCAAGUUAAUUUAGGUCACUAUUCCGAUGCYCGCUUAUAUUUUUUUACCUAAAUACCUUAUUUCUAUGCUCACGCCUACGAUGCUUUGUUUUCAGUGAAAGCGCCCGCACAUUUCGAUUUGAUGCGACAUUGAGAAUAAAUAAAAUGCAAACUUUGUAAAAAUGGAGGAAUAUAUGCUACGAAUUAUCAACAAUUCUUGACUAAAACAAGCUGAUGUGGAUAGUUAAAAUAUUUUAUAAAAUGAACACACGAUAUGUUAAAUAUAAGAAUAAAUACAGUGAAUCACGA